AUGAGUUGUGGUACACUUCAAUCUCACAACAAAUUAGAAUUAGAUACUUCUCUUUUAAAAGUUCAAAUUUUGGUUGUAGAUGAUGAUACUACUUCUCUUGCUAUUGUCUCAUCUACGCUUAAAACAUUUAGUCUCCAAGUUGUUACAGUUAGAAAUUCUUUCGAAGCUUUAUCAACUCUUCGCGCAAAACAUGAUGAUGAAUUCGACUUGGUUAUCACUGAACUUCACAUGCCUGGAAUGAAUGGCUCACAACUGCAAAGACAAAUCGAUAAAGAAUUCAACAUUCCUGUUAUUCUUAUGUCAUCUGAUGAUCAUCAAAGUGUAAUUCUACAAAGUUUAGAAAGCGGAGCAGUGUUUUAUAUGGUAAAACCAGUGAACCAGCAAGAUUUGAAAAACGUUUGGCAAUACGCAGUAGAAGCUAAGAAAAGUAAGUCAGUAGUUGGUAAUCAAGAAAUGGGGAACAAUGACGAUGAAGCAUCAUCAUCCAAUCCGAAAAGUAAUGAUUCGGAGGAUAACAAUUCGGCAUCAUCAGUGAAUAAUGAAGAUUGUAAUAACAAAAAGAAGAAAGGGAAAAAGAGAACAAGAGACGGGGAGGAAGAAGAAGCGCCAGCUCCACCCAAAAAGCCUAAGGUGGUGUGGACUAAUACACUUCACAACCGAUUCUUGCAGGCCCUCAGUCACUUGGGACUCGACAAGGCUGUGCCAAAGAGAAUUCUUGAAUUCAUGAAUGUUCCGGGGCUUACCAGAGAAAAUGUUGCUAGCCAUUUACAGAAAUAUCGAAUGUUCCUGAAGAAGGUUGCAGAAAGAGGUCUUUGGUCACCACAGAAUUUAUCAGAAAGGGCACUUCGAUCAUCCUUCGCAACUGGUUAUUCCCCCUAUUUGUUCAGAAAUACCCUUCAUGAUUAUGCACAGUUGCCCGGACUGCAGUAUCCCAGGUUCCAACCUGGAUAUGCACCCAAUUAUCCUUAUGGCCUUUCUGGUUAUGCCAACUUUGGCCUCUCCCGCUAUCCUAAUCCACCAUCGCCUGCAACCACCAAUUAUGCGCCUCACUUCAGCUUUGGACAAACUGGUCCUUCUAAUUUCCAGCUAGGAUCAGUGUUUGGCAACGGAGCUCAUCUUGCUCGUAUGACUCCUGGGUUAAUGCCACCAAACACCACGGGGCUUGACGGUGGAAUGCAAAUGUACCAGCACCCAAAUCAAGCAAGAUCAACUCCUCCCCCAUAUCUCCAAUUCGGCUCAACUGGAAUUGGCUCUACUAAUUUCGCGUCAACCAGUACCAACUUGGGAACUUUUAACAAUAAUUCUUAUGCAUCACCUUUGAAUCCCAGUGGGGGCUAUGCUGGAAUUCGUUUAACUAAUGACGGGGAGCUGAUUGGGUCCGGCCAAGUCCGGUUCAAUGGGAAUGGGCUAUCACCCACUGGCUUGGGUUCCAUGAAUUGGAACGAGAAUUACAAUCUGAACAGCAAUGCACAAGUGAUUACGAAUGGGACAAUAGGACAAUUUUCUUCAGCUGGUUUCACUAACAAUUUGAGUCCUUCUGCUGAUUUCGGGAUUGCUAACCUAUUUUCAGCAACAUCGACUGUUGGAAAUCAAGAAAAUGGUUCAUUGUUGCCUACUAUGGGGAGUGACGAAGAGGAUAAUGAUGAAUUUGCUUUCAACCUUCUGAAUGAUCAACAAGUACUUGGUGAAGAUGAACUGAGUGAACUCCUCUUUGGAUCCAUCAAUCUUACCACUCCAAAUCAGGUUCAGCAAGAGAAUGCGGAAAGGGUAAACUUCCCCAGCAGCCCAUAUCAUCUGGAAAUGAACCCUCAACUCCAUGAUCUCUUGAAUGCUGAGUUUUCCACCUCAUGCACUCUCUCUGACAAAACUGCUCACACCGAACAAUCCUCUGCCCAGGGUCAAGAAAUGGAAGAAACAAUGAACCCCUUUGCCAAUAAUGUUACUCUGGCCCUGGGUGAAAACUAUUAUCCAAGCUUUGAGCUGCAGCUCUAUGGCAACACUAGUAGUGGGGAAUCGUCUACUCAAUCCGAGCUUAACAAUGUUAACGCUGGUGCAACAGAAGAUGAGGCUUGGGGGGAGGACUUCUUGGACUUCCUGCUUGGAAAUGAGCCCUUUUGA